GUGAAUGAACAUCUCGGACCACUACAAAUCUCCUUGGGGAACAUGCUCAUUGAUAUUACAAAAUUCAUUUUCAUUUUCCUACUUGUUAUUUCGUCCUUUGCUUGCGGACUUCAUCAACUCUACUACUAUUACGUAUCGUCGGAGGGAGAUUUUAGGCCGGACGCUUUCAAAUCCCUUGUCCGAUCCUAUCGAACUCUGUUCUGGAACUUGUUUGGAAACAGUCAGCCAGACCAUUUCAAAGUGCGCAUAUUGAAUGAGACAACGGGGAAGCGCGAAGAUCUUCCGUCCGCUCGAAGCACUGUGAUUGUCGGUGAAAUCCUACUGCUCAUCUAUCAUGCCAUGGCAAUCAUUGUGCUGAUUAACAUGUUGAUUGCGAUGAUGUCCAAUUCGUUUCAGACAAUACAGAACCAUGCUGAUACAGAAUGGAAGUUCGCGCGCAGCAAACUCUGGGUCGGUUACUUCGACGAAGGUUCCACUCUCCCUCCUCCUCUGAAUACCAUCAUCAGUCCGAAAUCGAUAUUCCGUGCUUUUGCUGGUGUUUAUCAUUUAUUCCGGUACUGCUUCAAACAGUGUUCUCUUGGUUGGCGUCAAUCGGGGCCUGAGAGACACCAUGUCAGUGUCGCCUGGAACGACUGUGACAAGCGGCCAUGCGAUUCGGAUUUGGGAAAAGUUUGGUCGUCAUCCGGUCCAUCCCAAACGUCCGAAUAUCAUGAAGGAGCGACAAAUAUGGAUGCACAUGUACUAAGACGC